AUGCAGCUAACACCAUUCUGCCUGAUGCUGACCUGUCUUCAGGUCAACCCUGACAGGUCUCAGUUCUUCAGGUAUGACAACAUCUCUUUGAGCUGUGGCGAACAGUUGAACAGCACUGGUUGGAAAGUGAAGAGGAAAACACUCGCAGGGGGGACCAGACCCUGCUCCUCUGGCUGGGGCUAUGCCUCCUCGGGUUCGACUUGCAUCAUCGGACAAACUUACCCACCAGACAGCGGCGUGUACUGGUGUGAGUCUGUCAGUGGGGAGCAGAGCAAUGUGGUCAACAUUACCAUUACUGAUCGGCCUGUGAUUCUGGAGAGUCCUGCCCUCCCCGUGUCCGAGGGUGCCACUGUAACACUGCAUUGUACACCUGAGACAAAGUCCUCCAACCAGUUUUUUGAUUUCUAUAAAGAUGGCCACUGCAUCAAAAGGAACUCCACAGGAGAAAUCACCAUUAAAAGGGUUUCUAAAUCUGAUGAAGGACUCUAUAAAUGCAGCAUUUCAGGAGGUGAAGAAUCACUAGGCAGCUGGCUGGCAGUUGAUGCUUCAUCUCAGGAUUUUCCUUCAUCUACAUCUGCAGCUGAACCGGCCGCUCCCUGCUCUUUUUCUGUCUUAAGACUAUUUUUUCACCUGUUGGUGGGAACGCCUUACCUGGUGUCCACUGUUCUACUGGGGCUUAUAUACCGAGACAGGAAGAGAGCAGCUCAGAUUGCUGCGAAGAGAACACACACGGAUCAUGUCAUCAUGGAAAUAGUUGUUUAACCAAACAAGCUGAUGAACAUGUACCACGGGGUGUCCUGAACGUGGGUAUUAAUUUUUCACCAGCUUUCAGUUGACAUUUGCCAGCAUUUAUCUGUCCAGGGCCAACAGGGACUGUAGUGUCAUUCAAAAAAAAAAGAGCUGACGCCUACGUAAGUGGUCUGUUGGUAACUCUUCUAGAAACUGA